UUUAACGAGAUGAAGCAAAGUGUCGCCCAGAUUUCCACCUGGUGGCACAGUAUUCUACUGAUGCGCUGCGAACGACAGACAUACGAACGGCUACGAUGGGCCACUUGUACGUUGCAGCAACGCUUCCGGGCACGCCAACGGAUGCGGGAACAGGUGGCGGCGUAUCAGCGCAUCCGGAUGGCCACCAUACUGAUCCAGCGUCGCUAUCGGGCCCAACGCGCAAUGGAACGAUGUCGUGGACGGUUUUUGAACCUCCGUAGUGCUUCGAUCGUGGUACAGGAGUACUACCGUGCGUACCGACAGAGGAAACAUGAUCAGACCGCAUAUCGGUGCUUGCGCGAGGUUACGAUUACCGUUCAACGGCGCUACCGUGGCAAGCUGCUAAGCCGUCAGUUGAUGUUAGAGCUGCAGCAAAAGAAACGAGCGGCCACACAGAUUCAGCGUUGGUUCCGUGGAUACCGGGAGAUGGUAAGGGCACGGGCGCAGUUCCAAUCCAUUCAGCGUGCCACGAUGGUACUACAGACUCGCUAUCGGGCCCGCAUUGCGAUGGUGCAGGCAAUGGAGCAGUUAAACCGCUUACGCCAGGCCACGAUCGUCAUACAAACACGCUGGAGAGCAACGCUGGCCAUGCGACAGCAGCGCGCCAGCUACCAGCGCACCUUGGCUGCCGUCCUCACAAUUCAAACCCAGUACCGAGCAUACAAGGAUCGGUUAGUCGAUCAGUCCGCCUAUCGGCUCUACCGCAGCGCAGUCAUUAUCGUCCAGCGUCGGUAUCGGGAAAAGCUGGCUACUCGCAUCGAGCGCCACCGUUUCCAGCAAAUUCAACGUACUGUGAACGGGCUGCAACGGUAUGGCCGGGGUCUGUUGGCUCGCCGAGCGUACCAAACUAAGCUCACACCAGAGUUCGUCGAAUUACGUCGGCGCCAAAAGGCUGCCCUACGGUUGCAGGCAUGGUGGCGCGGUGUCGUUCAUCGGCGGCGCCAUCAGACGGAAGCUAUGCGAAAGAUGGCCAUACAGAUGGUAACAAGUCGGCACGAGGCGAAACGAGAUCCCUCGAGCCGGCUGAGCAAUGUGACACGGCUUUGCAUGCGCUUCCUGUCGUCACGUUUCUCCUCCUCCGAUGCCAUCGGUAUACUGCAGCGAUUGGAGCGCCUUUCACGGUUGGUACCACAUUUGCUCGUGGCCGAUGCCGUCUUCCUGGCUCAGUUCUGCUACAGCACGAUGGCACAAGCGAUCCGUUCUGAGCUGGACAAGAUACUGAUCGAAAUUUGUGCCCGCAUCAUACUGAACCUGGCACGUUUCCGCGGAACCAAAGAACAAGCGUUCCAGGAAAAUGGACUGGUCACAGUAUCGCAGAUGUUGCUCCGUUGGUGUGAUAAAGAUUGUGCAAUCUUCAGUACGCUCUGCACGCUGCUGUGGGUGUUGGCCCACGAUUACAAGAAGAAAAACGCAAUCCGGCGUUACAUGAUAUCGAAGGAUGCCGUCUUUAUGCUGCGUGAAACGAAAAAACUGGUUCAACGGAAGGAAAAAAUGCGCCGGAAUGUUCAACGUCCUCCCGUUGGCUGUCUAGUGCCACCGAGUCCCCAGCUGAUGCGUACGCUACCAGCCCUGGAGCCCGACUUCGGUGUCGAUCGCAGCAAACCGUACGUGUUUUACUCAUCCGUAUUCGGUUUCGAGAAAGUAUUGCAGAAGCUAGACGUCGAUCUGACAUAGGCUGCAUGCACCGUGGUUUAUCUUUCGUUUAAUCAUUCCGUUUAUAGUCCUUGAAUGAUAAUUAUUUGUUUGCUUGUUUGUUUUUUGAAUCAAAUAUCGUGCAGCCCUGUUUUACAUUAUUCCCCGACGAAACCAUCGAUUUCCAUUAUUCUCUAGCCGUAGGUUGAUCUUCAUGGGGUUGUGAAAUAUGUUGGUUUUAUCAUUCCUGUUCGCCAUUGUAAUCUCCAUGGAGAAGGAAUAUUAUUACAAGGGAAAUUUUAAUUCCUGUUCAAUCUGUAAUACGUUGCAGCGAGAUGUUUAAAAUGUAAUCUGGUUUCCACUGUUGUGUAGAUCAUAAAAGAAUAAAUUAAUGGUAUUGCCAGCGAUGAAAACUCAUUGUACACAUGGUAGGACGAGUUCUCGGCCUAGUGGCAUUGUA